AUGACGCCUAACUUCAUCUUCAACAUCACUUAUAUUAACAAUGCCAAUGAAGUUAGCAUUAUGACCCGAGUCAUGGACCCUUCAGUAUUCUUAAUAAUGGUGCCAGACAACAUUGGCCAUGAGACGCAAACUAUUUGGCGAGCUAAGGAGAAUAAUUGGCUCCAAGUUUGGCAUGGGCCGACAGAGGACUGUGACCACUAUCGUCGGUAUGGGUUGAAUAGUAAGUGUGACCCAUAUAAUAUGAACAAGUUUGAGUGUGUGGGCUUGCCUGGAUUCGAACCCAUGAACCCAUAUGAGUGGAAAAUGAGAAAUGGGUCAAGUGGGUGUGUGAGUAAGAAGAAUGUGUCCACAUGUCGUAGCGGGGAGGGGUUUGUGAAAGUGGCACAUGUGAAGGUGCCAGAUACAUCAAAGGCACGUGUGGAUAAGAGCGAGAAUAUGGACUUGAAACGUCGUAAUGAAAAGUGCCCAAGGGAUUGUUCGGGUGUGGCGUAUACGAAUGCGGAUGAGGUCAAACAAGGUGGGUGUUUGACAUGGCAUGCUGAUGUGGAAGACUCAGGACAUUCGAAAAUUACAAAAUUUAAGUAUAACCACUUGAAUACUGCCAAAAAGAACUUCUAG